AUACACAGAGCACCAAGUUAAAUACUACACAUUUACUUAAUACCGUGCUAACUAUCCCAAUCUUUGCAGACCCCGAAACAGCAACGAACUUCAAACACGCUACACAAUAUAAAGCAGCCCGAGGAAUUAUCAUAGUCAAGACUCCAACACUUCAAUCAGUCGAUUACACACUCACGGCUAUUCCUCCAUGCAGUAUGCCGCUAACAGCUACUGAGAACGAAAUUUACAGACAACUCGACUCACACAUCUUCGGCAUUUCCACCCCAAUUAAUAUUGAGAUAGUCUCACCUCCAAUGCUCUUAUCAUACUUGUCAGCACUAAAGCACCACCACAAAAUGAAUCAUUUCGAAUGGACAGAAAUACGCAAUGAUCCUCUAGUAACAGAGCUAUUAAAAACUAUCGACAAAAAUCACGUGCACAAGCCGAUUAACCAAAAAUCACACAUAACACGAGACCACCUGCGAAUACUGAAAAGCAAUCUAAACCUAAAUGAAUGGAACGACAAGGCAUUCUGGGCAAUAGCAACGUCAGCAUUUUAUGGUCUAGCACGAUUAGGGGAACUCCUUCCAACAACACAACAGGACCAAAACAAGGUACCAACAUUCAGAGCACUAAGAUUCGAGGAAAUCGAUCAACACACCUUUGCCACCAUCCAACUUGCACGCACCAAAAAUCACAACACCGCCCAGCGCACAUCUCUCAUUAUCAACCCAACAUACGAUGAUCUAUGCCCAGUGGAGGCCCUAAAAGCAUACGUAGUCCACAGGCUGACUUCAACAAUCAACCUCCCAGACCUAUUAUUCGUCAGGGCCGAUGGAUCAUGGGUAACAAAACGAUACUUCAUCAACAAGCUCAAACAAGCCUUACCAUCAGAGGACGUUGCUGGCCACAGUUUCAGGGCCGGGGGGACAACAGAACUGGUCAUGCGAGGGGUCCAACUCAUAUUAGUUCAAAAAAUAG